AAACAAGAGAGAUCACACCAUCUUCACAUAAUAAUGAUGAUGACAUGAAGAUUGGCGACGCCCCGACACCUCCAUCAAUACCACAAUUGUCACCUCCAUCUUAUCCACACAUAAUAUCCUCUUCCGCUGUGCCUCCCAUCCCAAGAAUGAACGGAUCACCCCCUUCUUUAUACCCUAAUAGUCUGCCGAUGACGCAAAACAGAUUUUAUCCACAGAAAGGACCACCUGCGCGACCAUUCCAUACUUCGACUUCCUCGCCUCUUAAUAAUAAACCUAUUCUAAACAUGAUCCAAAUUCGCUUUACCAUUACAAUGAAACAAAAACCACCCUUGCCGAUUUCGCCUAAUACAUUCGAACCCCUGACACCACCUCUGCCACAAACCGAUAAACGAUACUUAUUAGCAAGGCCGGUAGCUAAUGAUUUUAAAGCGCCUUACUUGUAUCCUGAUGACGAGAAAGAGGAUGGUGAAAUUGAUCCAUACUAUGAUGAUGAUCAAAGACAUGAUCGAUAUCGACAUCAACCGACAAUUUCACGUCCUAGAUCACGAGAAGAUGAUCUCAACUAUAAAUACCCACCGCCGCUGCCACCUCCUGCCAAUCGAAGUCGAAAUCCGUCAGAACCUAGUUUUAGUCGAAAUGGAAGUCGUAGCAGUAGUAGAACAAGAGAGCAUAAAGAAUCUUCUAAUAAACGUGCUAAAGAUCGAGAAAGGCAUUGUGGAAAUGAGGAUACUCAUUCGAAACAUUACAAUAGCUUCGACACAUCCAAUAAACCUUCUUGUUUUGAGAGAAUAACUCAAGAUGAUAAAGAAUGGUGUGUUUAUUUCGCAUCAGAAUCCCAGGCUCGUCGUUUUUUUAAAGAAAAUAACAAGAAACGGGUGUUUGAUUGUGAAAUCCACUUGAAUCUUUAUCAUCAAAACAAAAAACUCGACGAUUCAUCUUCAUCAUCUCACCAUAGUCGAGAGAAACAGAGCAAAAGUAGUAUUUCGGUAUCAUUCUUGUCAUCACACAACAAUGACGACAAUAUACAAAAAAGAGAAGAACAAUCUUUUAACAAUGCUCCUGUUCCGCCGCCGCAUCAACAGACAGACGUUUCUCAGAUUUUGCAGCAGUCCACUAAAAUACUCAUUGGCGAAUUAUCCGAGGUUUUUCAAAAGGAUAUAAAGAAUAAGGUUGUCGGCAAAUUCAUCUUUGAUUUUCUCGCACCAAAGAUCCAAGAGCGAAAACAGCAGCGACUGGCAAAAUUAAAAUCCAAGAACAAGGAGAAAAAGCAACAACCGGAAAUAAGUACUAGAGAAUUAUCUGAACUUGGGCCUUUCAAAUCAAAAUAUAUAAUGUCGCAUUCUGCAAAGCUGCCCUCGAAAUCAAAUGGGAAUCGAUUGCGGGAUUAUAAUUUGAAAUUCCAAAAGAGUGAUAGUGAUUUCCGAGAUCGAAGGUCUAGUUAUAAUAAAGACCAAAAGCAGUCUUCAUCUAAACCUACCGUUAGUAGCAUAAAUAGCAAUAAAAGACCGCAUCCGAGCUCUAAAUACGACAACAGCCGGUCUAACAAAAAGAUUAAGGGCAGAAAAUCCCCUCUACCAACUUUUGAAUUCACAGAUCCUGAGAGCGAAGACAAACAAGGAGAAAAGAGUGAAGAUCUAGCCACUUGUUCCAAUAAGCAAGAAGCGUCAUCUAGCUCUGAAGAAGGAGAGAUACACACAGAUGAUGAACUAUUUCCAGAAAAUCAAAAAUCUCCACACCCUAAACAAGAGUUACUCGAAAAACCUAAACAUACGCCUCUUAAAGUCGAAAAACCACGUCAUCAACAACAAAGACUACAUGAUUAUUUAAGCGAGGAUGAUGACUCGAAUCCUAACGAUUUUCUAGAAGAGUUCAAUAAACAUGAAUCUCAACGAGAACAAGAGAAUCAUUCUCCGGCUAAUGAAGAUUUAAUGGAUGUUGACAAAAAUGAAUUUUUGACUGAUGAUAUCAUUAAUAAAGUAGAUCGUCUGCCGAAGAGAAAAAAGAGAAUCAGUCUUCAAAGACAAUAA